AUGUCUCAGCUUAUUGAGAAUCCUUUCAAUGCCGUAUUGAAAGAGACCAAUAACAGUUCGGUCCAUCUCCAAGCGCUUUAUCAUAUGCAUCGCGCCACCAGAAAUGCAGAGCAAAAGGCACUGAUUCUCGACAGUAGCUUCUCGGGAUGGCACCUGGAUCCUAUUCUGAUGAAGCUUGAAGGACCAUCAUUCGAUCCUAGCUAUGUUGAUCCACGAAACAAUGCCAUCAUAUGGGCCAGACCUACUCGUUCAAUUUUGGACUUGAUCGAGAUGAUACAAAGAAGUCUUUUCAAAUAUGCGUCAGACCUUUGGCUAGUUCCUAAAGAAAAUCUUCACAUGACAGCCCUAGAGAUUGGGACUUGCUUAACCGUGGCAGAACUCAAGGAAAUACAUGUUUCAUUGAAGGAAAUGUUGCCUCAGAUUAUUGACUAUACGCUUUCUCAUCGAACAAGGCUGGUCAAGCCACUGAUCAGUUACGACCGGUCUGGAUUGGCUUUGACUUUUGUUCCUGCGGCCGCGACGACCGAUACACCUAUCACCAUCUUCGGCGUGAUCUCUAUGAUAUGA